AAUGGGAGAUUUUUUAUAAAAAUAAAUAUGUGUAUCACUAUUAUAUAAAGUGCUUAAUUUAUAAAAUACGCUGUAAGUGGGGGAGGAUCAUACGAUGGAAGAGAUGAAAACAUUAAAACUGGGCAAUGGUUUGAGUUGGAUGAAGAAUUUAAUGAUUCUAAAUAAAUCAUUCAUAAAGGUAGUUACAAAAAUGGUAGAAAGAUUGGUACAUGGGAUAUUUUUUCAAUUAAAAAGGGUGCCUUAUAUGGUUUUUUUUAUUAUAAGAUGUAAAUAUAUUAUUAAAAGAGGCCGAUUUUAAUGUGUAAGUGGGGGUGGAUAGUAUCAUGAAACAAAUUAUGGAGUUAAGAUCGGAUAUUGGGUUGAAUUAGAUGAGGGAUAUUUUAAUGAUAAAUAAGUAACUCUUUGUGGUCAGUAUAAUUUUGGUCAUAAGGUAGGAAGAUGGGAUAUUCUAUAUAGAGUAUCAUUUGAAGAGUUUAAAUAAAUGUAAUCAAUAUAUUUAUGUUUGCAAUAAACCAUUCUGUAUAAAAAGUGGUGGUGGAUUAUAUGAUGAAUAAAGGAGUGGUUUAAAGAUUUAAAAUUGGAUUGAAUUAGUUGAAGGAUUUUAGUGGAAAAAAUAAGUUACUUAUAGAGGUCAAUUUGAAAAUGGUAGAAAAAUUGGUAGAUGGGAUAUUUAUUAUAAAAGCUAAUAAAUGUAAUAAUGUUAUAUAAAGUGCUCAAUUAAUAAUACUUGUUAGUGGGGGAGGAUCAUUUGAUGAAGGAGGUCAUAACAUCAAAAAUGGGUUUUGGAUUGAGUUGGAUUCAGGAUUUAAUGAUGCAAAAUAAGUAACUCAUAGAGGCUAUUUUAACAAUGGUAUAAAAGUUGGUAAAUGGGAUAUUUGUUACAAAAAUAAUUGCAUGUAACAUGCUUAAUAUUAACAAAUAUGUAAUCAGUGGUGGGGGAUCUUAUGACGAAGGAGGUGAAAGCAUUAAGAUUGGUUAUUGGACUGAGUUGGAUAAAGGAUUUUGUGAUGCAAAAUAAGUAAUUCAUAGAGGUGAAUUUUAAAAUGGUAGAAAAAUUGGUAAAUGGGAUAUUUUUUAUAAAGAUUAAUAAAUGUAAUAAUUUUAUAUAAGUGGUCGAUUAAAAUACUUGUUUAGUGGUGGAGGGUAUUAUGAUGGAUAAAGUGGAAACAUUAAAAUUGGUAAAUGGACAGAAUUGGAUAGUUAAUUUAACGAUUUGAAACAAUUAAUAAUACUUGGGCAAUAUUAAAAUGAUAAAAAAGUUGGUAAAUGGGUAGAAACGAGAACAAAUAUUGAAAUAGCAUCAAUUUGA